UAGAGACACCUCAUCACUUUAUAAAACGUAUAGAGAUAGCAGAAGACAGACACCUCUCCAUUGAAAAAAACUAAGCUUUCUACACAAAAUUCCCUUUUUUUUUCUUUUCUCUUUUGAUGCCUUCAAGAUUUUCACAAUUACCAAUCACUUCCUUUUUUCAGCUCCCUAUAAAUAACAUACCAACUUCUGAUCAGAUAUCCACUUGUUUUCUCUUCAAUUUUUCUGUUUUUGGUUAACAAAAUUUCUGUAAUUCUCUUCUGUUAUUCACAGAUGCAGAUGGGUUUUGAGCAAUCCUGGAUGUUUCUAACAUGUUUGAGGCUUGAAGUCUGCUGAUCAUACAAAACCUACCUAAGCUAUUUAAAUCUUCCCUUUCUGCAAAUCUUGGGCACUGCAAAAGCUGGCAGUGCCCAUGGACGCUACAACGAGUGGCACUCCAAGUAUUCAAUACCAUAACAUUCCUGAUCAGCCGAUUACUGCUAUUGUGGUUGCUCCUGUACCAACAUUUCAAAGAAAUCAACGGCAUUGCUUUGGGGACUCCACUCCCGGAGAAUUUCCCUUGGCUGCCAAUCCCUCCAUUGUGCUUCAUGUCCUGACGGCCUGUAAUUUAGAUCCUCAAGACCUUGCAACACUAGAGGCAACAGGCUCAUUCUUUAGGCAGCCAGCAAACUUUGCCCCUGACUAUGAAUUGUCCAUAUCGGAGCUUGCUGCUCUGGACAUGUGCCAAAAGAGAGCUAUAUUUAAGCCAAUGAAUGAAGAAGAACGUCAAGAGUUGAAGCAAAGAUGCGGGGGCUCAUGGAAACUGGUGCUGAGGUUUUUGCUGGCUGGAGAAGCAUGUUGCAGGAGGGAGAAGUCGCAGGCAAUAGCAGGGCCUGGUCACAGUAUUGCUGUAACAUCCAAGGGAGUAGUUUACACAUUUGGCUCUAAUAGCUCUGGACAGCUAGGCCAUGGCUCCACCGAGGAAGAAUGCCGGCCUCGGCCAAUCAGAUCUCUGCAAGGCAUUCGAAUUAUCCAAGCGGCUGCUGGGGCUGGCCGGACAAUGCUGAUUAGUGAUGCUGGGCAAGUUUAUGCUUUUGGAAAGGACUCCUUUGGUGAAGCUGAGUACGGGACCCAAGGAACCAAAAUGGUUGCGACUCCACAGUUGGUCGAGUCAUUAAAAAAUAUAUUUGUGGUUCAAGCUGCAAUUGGAAACUUCUUCACAGCUAUAUUGUCAAGAGAAGGAAGGGUUUAUACAUUCUCUUGGGGAAAUGAUGCAAGACUCGGUCACCAGACUGAGCCAACCGAUUUGGAGCCUCAUCCUUUGUUGGGAGCACUCGAGAACAUACCAGUCAUUCAAAUUGCAGCUGGGUACUGCUACCUUCUUGCUCUGGCUUGUCAACCAAGUGGCAUGUCAGUGUACUCUGUUGGGUGUGGCUUGGGUGGGAAGCUUGGACAUGGUUCAAGAACUGAUGAGAAGCAUCCUCGAAUUAUAGAACAGUUUCAGCAUUUGAAUUUGCAACCAAUGGUGGUUGCAGCUGGUGCCUGGCACGCCGCUGUGGUAGGUCGGGAUGGACGUGUUUGCACAUGGGGUUGGGGACGUUAUGGAUGCUUGGGUCAUGGAAAUGAAGAAUGUGAAUCAGUUCCUAAGGUGGUGGAAGCAUUGAAUGAGGUCAAAGCAGUUCAUGUUGCCACAGGGGACUACACAACCUUUGUGGUCUCUGAUGAUGGCGAUGUAUAUUCAUUUGGUUGUGGUGAAUCCGCAAGUCUUGGACACAAUGCUUUAGCAGCAGAAGGACAGGGAAAUAGACAUGCAAAUGUAUUGACCCCAGAGCUAGUAACAUCAUUGAAGCAAAUGAAUGAGCGGGUAGUACAGAUUAGCCUUACCAAUUCUAUAUACUGGAAUGCCCACACCUUUGCACUCACAGAAUCAGGGAAGCUAUACGCAUUUGGUGCAGGAGACAAGGGGCAGCUAGGCGCAGAACUAGUUAACAAUCAAACCGAAAGGGUGAACCCAGAGCAGGUUGAAAUUGAUCUCAGUUAGCAAUCCAAUGGGUGUCCCCUGCCGUAUUUUACACCAUGCCAUCCGCUAAUUUAUGAUUACACACAUUGCAUUUGGUGUUUAGAUUUCUUUGUCUAUUUUGUACAUAAAAACAAAGGUAAGAUUUAAGUUUAGGUAGCAGGGGCCCAAGCAAAUGCUACAUGGUUGAUACUAAUUAUAUAUGGUUAGCAAAUAGGCCUCAAGCUGUUAAUAGUUGAAACAUUUGUUAAGUUGCAUUGAUAACUUAUUUAUGUUUAAUUUCAUUCAUGGAUUUAGUGGUCUUAUUUGUUCCAUUGGUGUGGACCAUUAUCCACGUGAGGCCAAUUAUUUGGCCUACCAUUGGAAUAUAUGUGGACCUGAUGUUUUCAGGUUUAAUACC